AUAAAGGAACCUUCCUUGAUGAAUUUCUUCAGCUCCCUGAAUUCUAAAAUGCCUCUUAAACCUGGAGAUAUCUUUGAAGUCAAACUGGUCAAAAAUGAGAACGGCUUGGGCAUAAGUGUUACGGGUGGCGUGAACACCAGUGUGAAGUAUGGAGGACUUUAUGUGAAGGCAAUCAUUCCUAAGGGAGCAGCCGAAGCUGAUGGUAGGAUUCAGAAAGGUGACCGAGUGCUUUCUGUUAAUGGGAUCACAUUGGAAGGAGCAACACAUAAACAGGCUGUGGAAAUCAUGAGAAACACUGGCCAGGAGGUCCAUCUAGUUCUAGAAAAGGGCCAGCCUCCAGCCUCCAGAGUCCAUGCUCCCACAACAUUGCAGUGCACACCUACAAAUGAACCCGGCCAUAGUGCGCUCUUGGAGAAGACUGUGAAGAAGACUUCAAGUGCCAGAGAAUACAACUUUGUCACUGAUGACAAUACAUUUGAAGUGAAACUCGUGAAAAACAGUUCUGGCCUAGGCUUCAGUUUCUGCCGUGAAGAUAGCGUCUCCCCAGAACAGCCGGGUUCCAGUAUAGUCAGGGUGAAAAAGCUCUUUCCGGGACAACCAGCUGCAGAGAGUGGGCAGAUUGAGGUCGGAGAUGUCAUCAUGAAAGUCAAUGGUUCUUCUCUAAAAGGAUUAUCUCAGCAGGAAGUCAUCUCAGCUCUCAGGGGAACAUCUCCCGAAGUCACCCUUCUCCUCUGCAGACCGCUUCCUGGAAUAUUACCGGAGAUUGAUCCUACGUUAUUGACCCCCAUCCAUUCCCCACCACAAAUAUUCCCCAAAGCGGGCAAAGAAAACCUGCCUCUCCCUAAUGGAGAGCAAGAUGAUAGCUCUGAUGAAAACGAAGCCCUUGACCAGAGCAAGAAGAUCAGGUCCCCUUCUCGGAGAGACAGCUACAGUGACAGCAGCGGGAGCGGCGGGGAGGAACCCACCACAAACCCAGCCAGCCCAAGGUGGAAUUCUGCUUUGUAUCAAACCCCAAGCCAACCAGCACCUCAAGCACCUAGUCCUUAUGAGACGUCCAGCAAGCAAAAGGAAGCGAUCCACGCAGUGUUUUGCUCUCCCCAUGAGUCAUCUAGGAAGCAAGACAUGGAGAACAGCAAUCCUCCAUCACCUCUGUUAAUGGAACUGUCACCCAUAGCAAACCAAAGAACCAUCACGCUUAAUUCUACAGAAGAAAAAUUCAACUCUUCUAUCUCUGACUUCACAUCUCCACAAGGCAGAUUGGCACCUCUUUUCAAUCACCUUGAAAAGCACGCAGAUGAAUAUGAACCAGAAGUGGAACUCCAUGUAGUUCUAACUAAAUCAGAGAAAGGUAGCCUUGGCUUCACGGUGACGAAAGGCAGUGACAAUAUCGGCUGUUACAUCCAUGAUAUAGUACAAGAUCCUGCCAAAAGCGAUGGGCGAUUGCGACCCGGAGAUCGUCUAAUCAAAAGAUGGCCACCCGAUAUUUCCAAAAGCUAAAGAACAUGAAUUCAUUGGUCUGAAGUCAAUCAAACAGAAUGGCCACUUCCAGGGAGAACAUUGUAGCAAAACAGAAAGUGGACCUGAUCAUUGCAAAAUUAAUGGUGAAACAAAUAACAGUCUUCAACUGAAAAGCCUAACCCAGGAUCUCAUCUCUAAAGAAAUGCCUCCAAGUGAUACAGUUUUCCAGGCCUCAGAUUUCCCCAACAACAACAACAACAAAGAAGUCCAAGAUGAAGAUUCUUACGAUGAGGAUGAUCACAAUCAAGUUAUUCAGUACCUUUUAGAUGUUGUCGACGAAGAAGCUCAGAAUCUGCUAAAUCGUAAUAAUUCUGCAUCUGAGACCCAUCAUGCAGAGACCAAUGGGAAACUUUUGGAAGAGAAAUCAGAGGACACAGACUAUGAUGGGUCAUCUUUGCCGGAAGAUUUUUCUGAGCAGACCCAAAUAAAUGGCUGUGAAGAACAUUGCAAUGGCAACAGAAUGUGUGGACGGUUACCUCAGCAACCUUUGAUAGCUCAGGUAGAUGAUGAUGAUGAUAUUACCUGGGGAAGUGAGGAGUUGCCAAUUGAAUCAAUAAACCAGCCACAGCCUGUUAAAGACUGCCCAUUAAUCACCAAUGAAGAACUUGCUGCUCUUCCAGUAGUCCAAAUUUUUCCUUCGGGCAACUACACAGGAACCAAAUUAAAAUCAACUAUUCAGAAGCUGCGGGGCGUGCUGGAACAAGGGGUCCCAUCUAAGGAGAUUGAGGGUAACAAAGAUGACACCACAAGGGUGCUCCUUGGGCCUGAAGGCGGCUAUAUCAAUGCCAGUUUUAUCCGGAUGCUGGUGGGGUCAAAGGAAUAUCUGUACAUUGCAUGCCAAGGACCUCUUCCUAAUACGGUGGAUGACUUCUGGCAAAUGGCUUGGGAACAGAAAUGCACUCUUAUAGCCAUGAUGACCCAGGAAGUAGAAGGAGAAAAGGUCAAAUGUCAGCGGUACUGGCCCAGCGCUCUUGGCAAAACCACAAUGGUCAGCGAUAAACUCCGUCUCUCUCUGGUGCGGCUGCAGGAACUCAAAGGUUUCAUCAUUAGGAUCAUGGAACUCGAGGACAUUCAAACUGGUGAACUCCGGCGUAUUUCCCAUUUAAACUUUACUGCUUGGCCAGAUCAUGACACACCAUCUCAACCAAAUGAUCUGAUAACUUUCAUCUCCUACAUGAGGCACAUCCACAAAUCGGGACCCAUCAUUACUCACUGCAGUGCAGGAAUUGGGCGCUCAGGGACUCUUAUUUGCCUUGACGUGGUCCUGGGCUUAAUCAGCCAAGACCUCGAGUUUGAUAUCUCCGAAGUGGUGCGGCUGAUGCGUUUGCAAAGGCAUGGCAUGAUACAAACUGAGGACCAAUACAUUUUCUGCUAUCAAGUUAUCUUGUACGUCCUAAGACGUCUUCAAGCAGAAGAACAACAAAGAAGCAGCUAAAAUAUUGUGCCAUGUAUACAUUUAAAAAUACGGAUACUUUGGGGGUAUUCACAUUACAGAUUGAAGCUGGUUUAACAUUUGUACCAUUUCCAUGGAAGAUGUAGAUCAACAAAAGAAAAAAAGAAUUGUGAUUGACAAAUGCUUGCACACACUUUCUUCAAACUGCAAUUCCCAAGAUUCUUUGCGAGUGGACUAGAAACAGCUUUUGCCAAUAUUAUUCCAGCGCCAGUCUCAAUUAAGCAUCAGGUACAACUAGGAAGGCUUCUUCCUUUACAUAGGUGUAGGUAGGCACUUAAGCAUCAUUUAUAUACAUUUAUAUUUAAUUGUGCUGCACUUUUGCAGCUUUUUCAAAUCAUUGAAAGUGAUUGACAUGUUAAAAACAUUUUUUAACAUAUAUUCAUGCUUCUUGCAGAUUAUUUUCCAGUUACUUAUAUAAUGUGGAAGCUAUUUUUGGGGAGGGGAAUAAAACAGUAUUUUAUCCUGAUGGAUUUUCUUACAGUACAUUUUUAUUUGGCUGUUUUUCAAGUGUGUUUAUAACAGAGCUAUCUUUUUCCAAUUGUAAUAUUGUAGAGAUUUCUAUAGAAAAUACUUGAAAUCAGUAUUUAAGCUUUACUUAUUCAUGUAUGGGAAAAUAGCAAAUAUUUACUGUAUCACACUUUACAAUGUUUAUAUAAAGGCUUGUGUAUAUAUUUAUAUACUUUUACAAAAAAAAGGUGAAUUAUCAAAUAUCUAAACUUCUAACUGCUGAAACAUUUCCCCCGGUGUAAAUAAAAAGUCACUUUUUAAAAUA